AGAAAAAAAAAACAGAGGCUCUUCUCCAUUUUCUCCCGAAUUCACCUGACCUUCCUCCCAUCACCAGCCAUGGCGACCGCGACGAGGAGGCUGCUCCCGACGCUCCUCAAAACCCUAGCCGGCACCACCGCCCCGGCCGGCGCGGCGCGGGGCCUCUCCACGGAGAAGGCUGUCGGCGCCGCGGCCGUCGUCGGCAGUCACACCGCCAAAUGGAUGCAGGACACAAGCAAGAAAUCUCCGAUGGAACUGAUCAAUGAGGUGCCGCCGAUCAAGGUUGAAGGGCGAAUUGUCGCUUGUGAAGGGGAUAGUAACCCUGCCCUUGGCCAUCCAAUCGAGUAUAUCUGCCUUGAUCUGGAGGCCCCUGCUGUGUGCAAAUACUGUGGUCUUCGCUAUGUUCAAGACCACCAUCACUAAAUAGAGAAGAUACUGCAGAAAUUUGGAUUUGUUGCCUCCUUAUUUGGUUUACAAUGUCUGCCAGUGUAUUGUGUAUUACGCUUGAUAGCAAAGUGUUAUCUGUGAAAAUUCCUCCUACUGUGUAUGGCAUAAUAACGCCGCGUUAACUUCAGAUUGAUCUUCUAUAGACGGCAUUUGUCUCAUUUCUGAAUCAAUGCAUUUUCUGUAUCGAGCUCACUGCAAUGUGGAUACUGGAUGCAGUUGUUAUGUUUAACGGGGCAUGAAAUUGAUUCUGUCUCUUCAGCUCCA